AUGCCUGAUCACCCUUCAUUUGAGGAUGAUCAAGAGAUGCCACCUCCACCGGUGAGAUGGAAAGGUGCAUGUGAGUUUCAUCAACCUAAAGGGUGUAAUAAAAAAGUCAUAGAUGCAAGGUCCUUUGUUACUGAUCCAACACGUGAGACACCAUCAGAUCAAUAUGGACAUGGCAACUACACAUCCAGUGUUGUUGCAGGACGCUUGGUUAAGGAUCUUUACGAGGAUGGACAGGGGAGUGCGAGUGGAUUUGCCAUUGGCAUAGCACCCCUUGCUCAUAUUGCUAUGUACAAAGUUUGCAACAUGGAUGGUUGUGACGAUGGUAACAUUUUGAAUGGCAUUAAUGCAGCCAUCAAAGAUGGAGUUGAUAUUAUCUUAAUCUCAAUAGGCUCUAGUGAAGAUUCUUUAUAUAAUGAUCCCAUAUCUAUUGGUGCAUUUCGGGCUGCACAGAAAGGAAUACUAGUUAGCAAGUCAACAGGGAAUUUUGGGCCAUCGUUGAGGAUGAUCAUUGCCCCACCACCUUGGGUUCUCAUUGUUGCCGCAAGCAACAUAGAUCAGAGAAUUGGUGCUAUUGUGAAGCUUGGGGAUGGUGCGGAAUUCAAAGGCAAGUCAUUGACACAAAAGGAGAAAGAGCUUAUCAUGGUACCACUGGUUUAUCCUGGUAGCACUGGUGACUUGAAUGCCAAUCUUUGCUUUGUAAUCAAGUCUGCAAGCAUGACAACCGCUGACAUCACAAAUAAUACUGGAAGUCCAAUCGUUGACGAGAAAGACCUCUAUGCUAGCUGCUUCACCAUGGGUGUACUUGACAUGUUAAUAAUGUGA